AUGCGAACGUUCUACGACAAAUACUUUGACGGCGACGUUGACUUCAAUGGCGACGCCCUCGAUAUAAUGGAGUACCGGCACGACUGGGCAACUUUCAAUUUUACGUGGCCCGUGUUCCAGUACGUCUUUCUCACCUUCGCUGUGGACGUGCUGUUCCACUCGCGCAAACAAGAUGAAGAACAGAUUCGUCCAAACUAUGAUCGAGGCAACGACCACUACUCAUGGUUUCUCGGACCCCGCAUGGUCUACACCAGUGGCAUCAUCUCCGACCUUACGCGCGAGGAAACGCUGGAGGAGAUGCAGGAUAACAAAAUGGCCAUCGUCUGCGAGAAGCUCGGUCUGAAGGAGGGCGAGUCGCUUCUCGACAUUGGCUGCGGCUGGGGCACCCUCGCCAAGUUCGCCAGCGUCAACUACGGCGCCCACGUCACUGGCGCCACGCUUGCCCGGAACCAGGCCGCCUGGGGCAACGACGCUCUCCGCCGCGCCGGCAUCCCCGAGAGUCAGAGCAAUCUCUUGUGCAUGGACUACAGAGAUAUCCCGGCGCGCAAGUUUGACAAGAUCUCCCAGCUCGAGAUGGGCGAGCAUGUGGGGAUCCGCAGGCUCAGGACGUUUUUCCGACAGUGCUACGACAUGCUUGAGGAUGACGGGGCCAUGUAUGUCCAGCUCUCUGGUCUGCGUAAGGCUUGGCAGUAUGAGGACUUUAUCUGGGGUCUCUUCCUGAACCAGUACAUCUUUCCUGGAGCCGAUGCCUCUACCCCGCUGGCAAAUUACGUCGGCUGCCUCGAGAGUGCUGGGUGGGAAAUUAAAAGCGUCGACACUGUUGGUGUGCACUAUUCAGGCACUCUCUGGCGUUGGUACCGCAACUGGCUGGGGAACAGAGAGACAAUCAACGCCAAGUACGGUCAGCGCUGGUUCCGAGUCUGGGAGCUCUUCCUGGCAUGGUCUACCAUUGCCUCGCGCCAAGAAGAUCAGACUUAA